GCGGGCGGCGGACUGGCGAGGCGCCCACCAUGGUGCGAUGCGACCGCGGGCUGCAGAUGCUGCUGACCACGGCCGGAGCCUUCGCCGCCUUCUCGCUCAUGGCCAUCGCCAUCGGCACUGACUACUGGCUGUACUCCAGCGCGCACAUCUGCAACGGCACCAACCUGACCAUGGACGACGGGCCCCCGCCCCGCCGCGCCCGCGGCGACCUCACCCAUUCGGGACUGUGGCGGGUGUGUUGCAUCGAAGGCAUCUACAAAGGGCACUGCUUCCGGAUCAACCACUUCCCAGAGGACAACGAUUAUGACCACGACAGCUCCGAGUACCUCCUCCGCAUUGUGCGAGCCUCCAGUGUCUUCCCCAUCCUCAGCACCAUUCUGCUCCUGCUCGGAGGGCUCUGCAUCGGCGCUGGGAGGAUCUACAGCCGCAAGAACAACAUUGUCCUCAGUGCAGGAAUCCUCUUUGUGGCUGCAGGCCUCAGUAAUAUCAUCGGCAUCAUCGUCUACAUUUCCAGCAACACGGGCGACCCCAGUGACAAGCGUGACGAAGACAAGAAGAACCAUUACAACUACGGCUGGUCUUUUUACUUUGGAGCCCUGUCGUUUAUUGUGGCGGAGACCGUGGGCGUUCUGGCUGUAAACAUUUACAUUGAGAAAAACAAAGAGUUGAGGUUUAAGACCAAGCGGGAGUUCCUCAAGGCCUCUUCCUCCUCUCCUUACUCCAGGAUGCCGAGCUACAGGUACCGGCGACGGCGCUCCAGGUCCAGUUCGAGGUCCACCGAGGCCUCACCCUCCAGAGAUGCCUCUCCCGUGGGCCUGAAGAUCACGGGGGCCAUUCCCAUGGGUGAGCUGUCCAUGUACACGCUGUCCAGAGAACCCCUCAAGGUGACCACAGCUGCCAGCUACAGUCCGGAUCAGGAUGCUGGCUUCCUACAGAUGCAUGACUUCUUCCAACAGGACCUAAAGGAGGGUUUCCACGUCAGCAUGCUGAACCGGCGGACGACUCCCGUGUGACCUACCCGCCCCUCUCCGCGCAGGCCUCUCCCAAGGUGGCUGUUUGUGAAACACAGAACAGGGUGACCCUUAAGAUUAUAGACAGUGAACUGGAGCUGAGCGCAGUCCUCCCUGGCCUCCAGAAGAUGCCAUGGGCUUGCUCAGAGUGAAGGAAGUUGGGAGAUUGGAAUCAGGGAUAAGGUAGAAACCGAAGGCGGACUCUCUGCUGCCCUCUGUGAUCUUGGAACUUCCCAGGAGGCCUAAGAAUUUCCCAGAAGCUGCAUCAGCCUGCCUCUUGGGAACCAGGAAACCAGUCAUGCCAGAUGCCAAACGCAUCCCCCUUCACCGGGCAUCGGGCCACAGGAAGGCUUCUUCUAGAUACUGGGACCUCUGGUUUCCCAUCGUCUGUUUCCUACCCAGAAGUUCCUGUGUCCGGGAGCCCCGGAAUGAGCCUAAGCUCAUUCCAUUCCCUUCUGUGUCUCCCUCAGCCUCUCCCUGUCUGGCACCCUGGCGGAUCUGGUGGUUGUAAAUAUCACCCAUCCUGAAGAGAAAGCUCUAUGGCUAACUGGUGCUUCGGCCUUGAGCUGUCCUGCGGCCGGCUUCUCUCCACCUCAGGAGACCAGGAGUCCAGGGCAAAUUCAGAAGCUCUGCUGGCUUUUCCUACCUGCUUCUGGAAGUCUCUGCUGAGCUCAGAAUAUACAGGACAUACUGACUCAUCUUGG